GCGGGGCGGGCGCGGCCGCGGCCCGGAAGGGAAACGCGGCGGAUCCGGGUCAGGGAUCCCUGCGGGUGCCGGUGCCGGGCGGGGAGCAAGAGAACAUGAGUUCAGCAGUGAGGAAAAGAGGAAAGCCCAACAGAGGAGGAGGAAGAGGGGGAGGAGGAGGAGGAGGGAGAGGAGGCAGUGGAAGAGGAGGCAGUGGAAGAGGAGGAGGCAGCAGUGGCCGUUCAAACAAGCCUCAGCUUGGUGGAAAUAGGAAAUGUUCAGCCAAAAUUUGGGAUGAUGGAGAUGAUUUUUGCCUCUUCGAGGAACCAAGGCUGGAAUCCAGAUCAAGUGCCCCUGCCAGAAGAGGAGGACAAAUGAAACAGAGACCUGAAGCAAGAAUGCCUCUGCAGACCAUACACAUGACAUCAGAGAAUCAGAGAAGAGUGAAAGAACUUCUUCAAGAGCUUCAAGGGCAGGAGCUGGCUCCUGAAUCAGAUGUAGCUGGUGAAGAUGAUGAUGAACCUGAUUACCUUGAUGAUGAACAGUGCUGGUCAACAGAACAGGAACUUUCUGAAGUAAUACCAAGGUUGUCUGCUGAGCCAGCUGAGCACAGAGUUGUAGAAAAUGAAGUGUCUUCAUUUGCUGUGCACAAACUCUCCAGGUAUGGUUUUGACUGUGAGCGUUGUAGGACAGUGCUGAGAUCCUGCAAUGGUAAUAUUGGGGCAUCGUUGGAGUAUUUGCUAUUGCAGUGCUUUACCGAAAGAUAUGGAGAGAAGAUGCAGGUUUCUGCAGCAGCUGCUGAAGCCAGUCAAGAAGAAUGUUUAGAACAGAGACAAGAAGAAGCUUUUGCCCUCCGGUCAAUCUAUGGAGAAAAAUUUGUAGAAAGAAUUAAAAAUCACGUUUGGACUUUUAGUUUGGAAUUGGAGUACCUAGCAAACAGACUCAGCAAAUCUAAACAAAAGGGUGGUUGUAGGAGGGACACAGCAAAACCGACUUCAAAGGAAAUAUGUAAAUUUUAUCUCCAAGGAGGCUGCAGGUUUGGUUCGAAAUGUAGAUUUGCACAUGAAUUCCCUCCAAACCAUCCACUAAAACCAUCCAAGGACUCUGUAGAUGAUGCUCAUCUCAGACAUAAUGAUGGUCCCAUAUAUGAACUUGAAGUAAGAUUUCCUGAAGAAAACAAAUAUCCUCUUCAAGCACCUCUUGUGGCAUUUUAUUCCACUGAUGAGAAUCUGCCUCUUGCUUGUCGUUUACACAUUGCUGAAUUCCUCUUUGGAAAGGCCUUGGUAGCUGCAGAGUCUCAUGAACCAGUGGUAUAUACCUUAGUGACUUGCUUAGAAGAUGAACAGGAAAUAAGUGAGUUACUUGGCAAUACUCAGCACAAGUACAGUGUUCCUCUUGUGUCCCUGCUGGCAACACCUCCUGUAAAGCUACAGACAGAGAGUACACCUGGUUCAAAUCAACUGUCUGAAGCCUCAACAGUGUCACAGCCUCAAGAAGAGGCAGUGGCGGAGGAGGAGGAGGAGGAGGAAGAAGAGCCUGAACAAGUUGUUGUGGAGAAUGAGAGUUACGUGAACCUCAAGAAAAAGCUUUCCAAAAAGUACGAUGUGCAGGCGAAGUCUCUGUAUAACGAAAAUGUUAAACUCUGUACACAGUUUCGGCAGAGAAAGUCUUCUAGGCACUUCCAGUCCAUGCUGUAUGAAAGACAGAAGCUCCCUGCAUGGCAAGAGAGAGAAAACAUUCUGGAUUUGCUGAAGAGCCACCAAGUUCUUGUUGUGAGUGGCAUGACAGGAUGUGGCAAAACCACUCAGAUUCCUCAGUUUAUUUUGGAUGCUUCAUUGCAAGGAUCUCCAAGCAGAGUUGCAAACAUCAUCUGCACUCAGCCUCGCAGGAUCUCUGCCAUUUCUGUUGCUGAACGUGUAGCCAAAGAAAGAACAGAAAGGAUUGGACUCACUGUUGGAUAUCAGAUCCGUCUAGAAAGUGUAAAGUCCUCAGCUACCAGACUCUUGUACUGCACUACUGGUGUGCUGUUGAGAAGGCUGGAAGGAGAUCUGACUUUGCAGGGAGUCACACAUGUUAUUGUUGAUGAAGUUCACGAAAGAACAGAAGAAAGUGACUUCUUGCUGCUGGUCUUGAAGGAUAUAAUGGUUCAGAGGCCAGACCUGCGCAUUAUACUCAUGAGUGCCACCCUGAAUGCAGAGCUUUUUUCUCAAUACUUUCACUCCUGUCCAAUUAUUAACAUACCAGGUCGAACAUUUCCUGUGGAUCAGUUUUUUCUGGAAGAUGUGAUUGCAAUGACAAGGUAUGUUUUAGAGGACUGUAGUCCCUACAGGCGGAAGGCAAAGCAAGAAAGCAAACAGAAUGGGAGACACAAAAGGACGGCAUUUGAAGAAGUAGAGGAGGACUUGAGACGUGCUGGCCUUCUGGAAGGCACGGACACCGUUGUCAGAGAUUCAGACCCAGACCAAAAAUUAACUCUGAAGCAGCUCCUUACACGAUAUAAAGGGGUUAACAAGGCAGUGUUGAAAACAAUGUCUCUCAUGGACUUGGACAAAGUUAAUCUGGAGUUAAUUGAAGCCUUGCUGGAAUGGAUAGUUGCCGGCAGACAUUCAUACCCACCAGGUGCUGUUUUGAUAUUUUUGCCUGGUCUAGCAGAAAUCAAGAUGCUUUAUGAGCAGCUUCAGACUAAUGCUCUUUUUAAUAACAGGCACAGCAAGAGGUGUGUUGUUUAUCCGCUUCACUCUUCACUGUCUAGUGAAGAACAGCAAUCUGUGUUCCUCAGGCCUCCUGCGGGGGUUACCAAAAUCAUUAUCUCUACAAACAUUGCAGAAACAUCUGUCACCAUUGAUGACGUGGUCUAUGUGAUUGAUUCUGGAAAAAUGAAAGAGAAAAGAUAUGACCCAGGCAAAGGAAUGGAAAGUCUGGAAGAUACAUUUGUGUCCAAGGCCAAUGCCCUACAGAGGAAAGGGCGAGCAGGCCGUGUAGCCUCAGGUGUCUGCUUUCAUCUUUUCAGUAGCCACCACUACAACCAUCAACUUGUAAAACAACAGUUACCAGAAAUACAAAGAGUGCCUUUGGAGCAGCUCUGUCUAAGAAUUAAGAUCCUGGAGAUGUUUUCUGCACAGAGUCUUCACUCUGUUCUAUCAAGACUAAUCGAGCCCCCUAGAACCGAGUCUCUGCAAGCAUCAAAGGUGCGACUACAAGACUUGGGAGCGUUAACUCCAGAUGAAAAGCUCACCCCUCUGGGAUAUCACUUAGCUUCGCUGCCUGUUGAUGUCAGGAUUGGGAAGCUGAUGCUGUUUGGCACCAUCUUCCGCUGCCUGGAUCCCGCAUUAACGAUCGCUGCCAGCCUGGCCUUUAAGUCCCCUUUUGUGUCACCAUGGGAUAAAAGGGAAGAAGCAAACAAAAAGAAGUUGGAGUUUGCAGUAGGAAACAGCGACUACCUGGCUCUUCUCCAGGCCUAUAAGGGAUGGCGUUUAAGUAUCAAAGAGGGCUCUCAAGCAAGCUACAACUACUGCAGGGAGAAUUUUUUGUCAGGAAGAGUUCUUCAGGAAAUUGCCAGUCUGAAGCGGCAGUUUGCAGAGCUGCUUUCUGACAUUGGGUUUGUGAAGGAAGGAUUAAGAGCCAGGGACAUUGAGAAGAAGUGGUCUCAAGGAGGCGAUGGUGUGUUGGAUGCCACAGGAGAAGAGGCAAAUUCAAAUGCAGAGAACUUCAAGCUGAUCUCAGCUAUGUUGUGUGCUGCUCUGUAUCCCAACGUUGUCCAGGUAAAAAAGCCAGAGGGUAAAUACCAGAAGACCAGUACAGGAGCAGUCAAAAUGCAACCAAAAGCAGAAGAGCUGAAGUUUGUUACCAAAAACGAUGGUUAUGUUCACAUUCAUCCUUCAUCUGUGAAUUAUCAGACCAGGCACUUUGAGAGCCCCUACCUGGUGUACCACGAGAAGAUCAAGACGAGCCGCGUGUUCAUCCGGGACUGCAGCAUGGUGUCCGUGUACCCGCUGGUGCUGCUUGGGGGCGGGCAGGUGCACAUGCAGCUGCAGAAGGGGGAGUUUGUCAUUUCCCUCGAUGACGGGUGGAUACGGUUUGUGGCUGCAUCUCACCAGGUGGCUGAGCUGGUGAAAGAGCUGCGCUGUGAACUAGACCAGCUGCUGCAGGAUAAAAUCAAGAAUCCCAGCAUGGAUUUGUGCAUGUGCCCCCGUGGAUCUCGGAUCAUCGGGAUGAUUGUAAAGCUUGUGACCACACAGUGACAUCAAUCAGAACAGCUUUCUCUAAAGACUGUUACAGGCCAAGUAACAUCCAUGUCUUGAUAUAUUUAUUGGUCCAAAACAUGGCAUUAAUCUCUGGAAAAACAGGAUGGCGACUGUACUGUUGACAGUUUUUUUGGUUCUUUUUUUUUCCCCUUUGUUUGCUCGCUUGUUGGAAGUAAGGUGGCUUACAGUACACUCUGGGAAAUGGGAAAACAGCAAAUCUCCCCAGAGGAGUAGAAACCUCCAAGUAAGAAAAAUGUUUUCUCCUGGGACUAUACCCUGGCAGUAGUGUUUUCUGGUCACAAAAAUACCUGCUAUCCAGCUGGGUUUUUUUGAUGUCUGGAGGCAGCAUGUGACAUAAUAAGCUACUCCCAAAUUGGUUUAAACUCACUCCUGCAUUUUGACCAUGACUUUACUGAGGCAGUCACUUUGGGCUGACCAGGGUUCAUUUGCUCAUGGUUCAACCCAAAGCCAUCAUACAAAUGAGCACCUUUUGAUUCGUGUCAAGAGGUUCUGAAAUUUAGACGGUGUCUUCUGAUGAGAGACUGGAGUGGAUCAGUUGGAGUGCAGUGUUGGAUCAGUGCAGGCUGUUCUGGUGACAAAGUAAAACUGCAGGAGAGUGUGGACAUUUUCCCUGAAAGGCUGUUCCAGCCUCUGCUGCACUGGGAAGAACUAAAACAGCUGAGAAGGGACUGCUGUAGUGCAUUAAAAAUGAAUUCUUGGAUG